AAUUAUUCAAGAAAUUAAAUCUAACGACAAAAAUAAGUUUAAUCGCACAUUAAAUUCAGUGUAACCUACUAACAAACCAAUCUAAUUGCUGCGAUCUCAGGUUGCACAACAAGAAUUAAUUUAGAUAACGAUAAAACUUUUAAAGCAUUACUUUUUACUGAUGCUUCGAUGAAAAAAUCUAUGACUAAUUGGCCAGAAAUGCUUUUUAUUGAUGGAACAUAUAAAUUGUUCAAUUUAGGUUGUGCAUUAUAUUUAAUAAUGAUUCAAAAUGGUAGCCGGAGAGGAGAAAUCGUUGCAGAAGCAAUAGUAACAUCGGAAACAGCCGAAAAUAUUAAAUGGAUAGCCAGAAACUUCCGCGAAUUAAACGAAGAAGCCUGUAAGAAAACAACAUGCAUAAUGACGGACAAGGAUCUAACUGAGAGACGUGCAUUUGCAGAAGUUUUUCCCGAUACUCGGUUUUUGCUGUGUUUGUUUCAUACGUUAAAAACUUUUGACAGACAGUUAAAACGCAUGAAAUUAUCUAAAGAGGAAAGAUUGGGAAGCUUUGAGUUGCUUCGUAAUUUAGCUUAUGCUAAAUCACAAAAGUACUAUGACAAAGUAUACCAAAAAUUGUUGUCUAAAGCACCAAAUUGUGUCAUAAAUUAUUUCAACCAUAACUGGCAUGAAAUCCGUGAUAAAUGGACUAUGUAUGCUAUGGCUGAAUUUAAUUAUGGGAAUGACACAAACAAUAUUGUUGAAAGUGCAAAUAAGCAAAUAAAAUCCGUGUGCAACUAUCACAGUACGCUUUGUGAAUUUGCAAAUAAUUUUUUUAUUAUGUUGAAGUCAUCUAAGCUGGAAACUAAUUUAUUAAUUGCAACAGAUGGCUUAAAGCGAUUAAACAUUGAGAAUGAACUUGGUUCUUGUGUGAACGAAUACGCUGAUUUUUUGACAAGAGUAGCAUUUAAUAAAGUCAAAGAGGAAUUACAAAAAUAUUCCUAUAUCAACAUGACUGCAAGUUGCACUAAGACUAAGGUUUGUAAUAUAUUAAUUAAAGGCUAUCGUUUAACAUCUUCUGCUACUGACUGUUCAUGACACUUUCAGAAGAGUCUUAAAUUACCAUAUGUUCACAUUCUAGCUGUAAGAAAAUAUUUUAAUUUGAAUCUUUUUUGUGCCGAAUUAUGUGAUGAUAAAUGGUCAAAAAAAGGAAACUUAGCAAUUUUAAGUUCAAAUUUCCUUGAUUUUUCCCUAGCUGAUUCGUUUGUUGUAAAUCCACCUAGUACUAAAUCAGUAACGGAAUUAGCAGAGACUUCCGAGACACACACUAUCCUAUCCAACGAUAUCACUGCUGUUGCUGAAUACAGGAUUGGAGAAACAUUUGAAAAUGAAAGACAACGAAUUCUCCACAAAUUUUUUGAUACGAUUUUAAAGGACGCUCUCCAAGCAACAAAACCAGAAUUCGAUCAAAUACGUCAAAAGUUAGAAAAUAUUGUUUCAAUAUUUCAGAAAAAUCAACAAAUGGAUUCAACUACUGUUGUUAAUAAUGAUAAUAAUGUAGACUUAUCGACUGUUAUUUUACCACCACCAAGAAAAUUAAGAGGACGACCUGAAAAAGCAAUGACGACAACAACUGGAUUCUUUCCACGUAAAAUGUAAUAAUAUCUGUAUCGUUUUAGCGAUAACUGUUAUUUACUUUUAAGUAAUAAAGUAGAAUUUCAAUGGUUUCAAUCGAAGCAAAAAUUAAUAAUAAAGUAUGGUUCAGAUAUACGAAUAAAUGUAUUCUAUAAAUUGUCUUAAUGAGAGGUUUGCAUGUUUAGGUUUCCACUAUAUAAAAUGGUGUAUUACCGUACGAAGGACGGUGUGGCUCAAUAAGUUAUAGAUCAAAUUGAAUGGAAUAUAGUACAGUGCCGGAUAGCUCAACUGGUAGAGCACUCGGCGCGAUACCGAAUUGGUCUGGGUUCGAUUCCCAGUUCAGGCUAU